AUGACGUCGAUUAGCAACAAUAGUAGUAGUAGUACUAGUAGCAACACUAGCACAAAUAACCAACAGAAUCUGAAUCAUCAUACUCCAAGUCGAACCAACAAUCCAACCGUUCAAUUAAGGAUAUCAAAGAAACCGACCAUAUCUCUAUCAAUUGCAAAUACAUUGUCGUCUUCUUCUUCAUUGUCCAACAACAACAACAACAACAACAACACUAUAGUUACAAGCAGAUCGUCUAUCAAUGAUAAACCAACUACAAAGAUUUCAUUGUUGAAUAAUAAUAAUCAUAACAACAAUAAUACCAAUAAUAAUAAUAAUAAUAAUAAUAAUAAUAAUAAUAAUAAUAAUAAUAAUAAUAUUAGUAGUAGUAGGAUACCCGCAAAGACAUUUACAUCUACACCAAAGCUAUCACUCAACAACAACUUACAAACAAACAUAGCUAGUAAUAGUACUACUAGUAGUAAUAAGGUUACACCACCUACUGUGAAUAGUCCACUUUCGACCAAUUCUCCACAACCUCUGAUUCAACCUACUACUACUUCUACUCCUCCACUUAAACAAACACCCGGAACGACUCGACUUUCACUCAAAGGUACAUCUACGCAGACAAAGCAGUGGAAUAAUACACCUAAUAAUAACAAUAACAACAACAAUGUUGUUUCUAGUAAUGGUAUUAAAGGUAAUACUAUACCCACACCUAUACUUAUACCUCAACCUACGACAAUGGCUCCAACGAUGACAUCAGCUGCUUUGAUACUCGAAACCACAACACCUCUUAAUAACAGCGAUGAAGAUGAAUUUGAAUGGGAUCUCACAGAUUUAUCUCAACAAUCAACAGCAACGAUAGCUAGUACAUGUUCGACAGUUAUACCUAAUAGUUUUGACGAAACACUAUUACAACAAGAACAAAAUCAACCAACUACAUCCACUACAUCAACUACGACAUCUACUACGACAACACCUGCUGCUACUACAUCCACUACAUCAACUACUACCACAACAUCAUCAUCAACAACAUCUAGGCAUACCGAUUUUCAAAAUACCAAUUCAAACAAUUCCAAUAUAAAUAAUAAUCAAAUAGCGCAUCAACCAAUAAUACAACCGAUACAACAACAACAACAACAACAACAACCAAUUCAAAUACAAAAUAAUAAUAUUAAUAAUGGUCAAUCUGAAAUUAUAAACUCUGCCAUCACAACAACAACAACAACAACAACAUUACCUAAUCCACCUCAAUCAUUAAAAUCCAUUUUAAAUAAUCAUUUUCAGCAACCAUCACCUCCACCAUCACCUCAAAAGCCCAAACCACCACCACAACAACCCAAACUAUUAUUUCAAGCUAGUACAAUAGCUGCACCAACAACGACAUUAGAAGUUAAAAAAAGAAAACAAGAAAUAGUUCAAGAAGAAGAUGAUGGAGAUUGUUCAAUUUGUUUGGAAUUAUUUUAUUCAUCAUCAAAUCCCAAGGAAGAUCAUGGAGCUGUUGCAUUAAAGUGUGGACACGUUUUUGGUAAAAAGUGUAUCAAUAUAUGGAUCAGUGAUAAAAAGACUUGUCCAAUAUGCAAGAGAAAAUCACUUUCCAAAGAUGUUUUGACACUUUUUUUGCAACCUGGUACACGACAGAUUUCACUAAACGAAGAGACUAUCAAAUUGAGAAACCAACUAGCACUAUUGGAAAAGGAGAAAAUGUCACUCAAGAAAAAGAAUACAGCAUUAAAAUCAAUUAUUGAACAAAAGAAUAUUCCUCAACUAUUUUCAAACAAUCGUAAUCCAAAUGAAGCCAUUGUAAGACCAUACCAAAUGUCUGCGCAGUCAUCGGCUCAUAGAGUAUCUAAACAAUUGGCAGCUGUAUUGCCACCUUUAAAAACAACUCCAUUAUCCUUUUCAUCCUCGUCCACGUCCAGCUCCAACUCACCACUUGCCAUUACACCUAUAAAUAAUAAUCAAUCAUUUAGUGUCGAUGGUAGUCUAAAUGGAGACCAUACAAUCAAAUUUGAACCACUCUCCUAUGUCAAACUCAAAGGAGCCAAUGUAUUUGAUUACUCUAAAGGUUUUGGUAUCAUUGUAACUAGUUAUUCAAAAAGUUAUGAUGAAUUUUGUCUUGUAACCAUCUCUUCCUUGGAUUCAAAUACUUCAGAUUUUAUUCCAAGAGUUCAUAAAGAUAUUAUAAGAGAUGUUAAAGUUAAUUAUCAUAAUCAAGCAAUAGUAUGUUCAGUAUCACAAGACAAGACAGUUAAACUUUUCAACAUUCAUACAAAGAGUUUGGUUUGUAACUAUACUCUUGAUGUUGCGGGUAGAUCAUGUGAAUUUGAUCGUACAGAUCCAAAUAUUUUCUAUGCAUCUGGUGAUAAAACAACCUUUGUUUUUGAUAUUAGAAAUACCUUUAAACCAACAGGAUCAUUUGAUUCACCAACAACGCUGGGAUUAACAACAUAUAGAUUAUUAUGUCAACCAAAUGCUGAAAGUCAACCAACACCACCACUUUCAGCUGGUUCACAAACUGGAGAAACUGGUCUUUUUGUUGCAAACAAUGAUUUAACCUAUUGGAAUAUUGGUAUUCAAAAUAAUAUAAAUGAAAUGACAGACAAUGAUAAUAAUAAUAAUAAUAAUAAUGUAAUUACAAGACCUUAUCCACUUGGAUUUAAAGGUCAAUGUAUAGAUGUUGGCUAUGACCCAAUAUCAACCAAUUAUUUUGCAACCUUUAGAAGUACACCUGGAUACCCUAAAAAUAGUCAUUUUAUUUUUAAACAUUUGGGCAAGGGAUAUACUCAACCCAUCAAAACCAUCUAUACCGACUCUGUGCAAUCAUCAUUGUCACGGUCCAUCAUUUUCACCUCUUCGAAUCGAAAUCACAACAAUCACAAUGACCCAUCGGAAAAGAUGUGUUACACGGCAUCGAGCAACGAGUUGAUCAAAGGUGUCAAUAUUUGGAAUGUACAUACUGGACGAUUGACACAAUCCAUCAAAACAGGUGACACUCCAUGUGACCUUUUAUUUUUUAAUCAUCAUCAACAAGAAGAAUUCCUCUUGACAUUAUCACCUCAAAUGCUUCAUGUAUUUAAAAAUAAUCCACAAUCAUAA